CUCUCUUCUUCCCUCAAACGCGUUACUGCCCCGGCCCGGGAGGCGCUUGUCGCCGCCGCCGCUUCCGCAACCACCGGUGGGGGUGGGAAAAAAAAAAAGCAAAACCGAGGCUGUGCCACCGUCGACGUCUACCACCCGCUGCUGCUUCAGCCUUUUUUUUUUUUUUUUUAAACUCCCCCAUCCUCAUCAACCUCGUCCUUCUUUUCCUGAGAGCCCGGAGCCCGCUCGUAGAGGGGAAGAGAGAAGCAAAGAGCCGAUGCCCGGACGGGAAUAACUUAAUUCUUGGGGCUCACUCGGCUGACGGACCUCUUAGCGCAGGGUCCCCUCCCCUCCCCUCCCCCACCGCCAGCGCCAUUCCCACCCCCCUCUCUCCUCCUCUUCCCUCUUGUCUUCCUUCUCUUUUCUUCUUGCCUACUCCCCAGUCGCAGCCACCGCCUCCUCCUCAGCUGCCGCCCGGGGUGCCGAGCUAGACUAUGGGUCCCAGGUGGGGGCUGAGCGGCGGCAGCAGCGCGGGCGGCCCGGUCACAGUGCGCACUGCAGCAGGGAUGGAGGGGCUCAGUUGGCUGGUGGUUUUCUCUUGACAUGGCUCCUGCCCGUGCUGCUAGCAGCGCCCCCGCCGCCGCCGCCUCUUCCGCCGCCGCCGCCACCGCUCCGCCCGCAGGCUGCGGCUAAGAAAGCCCGAGCCCAUCCCACCCGAGAGAGAAAAGAGAGAGUCGGUCAGUGAGUCCCGGUGUCUGUGGGGACACAGAGGGAAGGGGAGCCCAGCCCAGCCCAGCCAAACUGCCCAAGCCUGCCCCCAGCCCUCAUCUGUUUUUGUUUUCCUAAAAGAACAAAAACAAUAAAAGAAAAUCCUUUCCCAACCUUCCCUGAACCCUAAACCAAUACUUGGGAACAUGAUCUGCCCAACAUGAGGGAAAACUAAGUGAAAAGCGGGAUUUUUUUAAAAAGGGGGGUGGGGGAGGGUCCUUUUUGUUAAGUUUUUUUAUAACAACUUUUAUUUUCUUAAUUGUUAACUUUUCUUUUUUUUCCAUCCACCCCUACUGGGGGCUGGGGGCUGGAAUCGCUUCCACGAUGAGAUGAACGAAACCCCGAGUGACUCUAAAUUUCCCGUGGUGCGAGUGAGUCGCUGAGGAAAAGGGGGUGGGGGCGGGGUAGAGGGCAGGUGGUGGCCCUGGCCAUUGCCUGGGACGGGAGAGCCAACCUACCCUGCCAUGCUCACCCACAGCUAAAUCGCACUCCUCUCCACCCAGAGUGAGCAGGGGCUGCAAGUGAGAGGGUCAAGUUCAGUAAGGAACCCUGGGGGAAUGUAGCGCACUCUUCACCGGGCUGGGGGAAAUCUGGAUCCCGGACUUAAAUCAGAUCUCACCACAGAGCGGGAAUAGUAAUUAAACGGUAUUUCUCUAUCCCCUUUCCUCCUGCCAUCAUGAACCUCCUUGGCAGCAGCUGCAGCCGCCUGAGGGUGAAAAUGUGGGUGAUGGGGAAGUCGGUAAUGACUCCGCUGUUUUUUCUGUUGGCUCCUUUGGGUAACAGCUGCCCGCCCCCGGUGUACACUGUAGUUUAUUGCAGGGAAAUCCUGUACCUCUCUUCCUUUUCUACCGAUUUCGCACUUUCCUCUUUGCUCUCCACCAAGUGUAAUCAAUAACAAGCACUGGCGAUACAUAGCAAUAGUGAAAUCUGAAAUACUAACCAUAAUUAGCUACCACAGCCAUGGGUCUGGCUGGGUAAAACCCAAUUGGAUAUUUCAGUUUCAUUCACUUACCCUUGGAAAAAAAAAAGGGGGGGGAUUAGUUCCCCCUUUACCCUUCUGAUCCUCUUCCUUUUUAAACGGGCCAAAAAACCAAACUAACCCCACCAGAUGGAUUUAACGGAUUGGGCUGGUGUUAGCUGCGUUUUAUUGUACACCUAAAUCUUGAUGAAAGGCUUCUAAUUUUAUUUUUCCCCCUCCCCCUUUAUUUUGGCAAUUAAGUUGUUUCCCAUAAAUGUGUGUUCAAAAUUUUUGAUUCAAACUUUUUCCUCUCUUUCCACCCUUUUCUCCUUCCCUAUACCUAUCCAUUCCAAAAAUCUUACUGUCCAAGAUACGAUUGGAUGUCAAUUUUUUUUUUGUUAGCCCUCUAAUAUGAUAGUCUCCUAAUAAUUGCCUGGGGUGCAUUUUUUGGGUUACAGCUGUUUUAGCUAUUCAGUCAUAUUAGCAGGAAUAAACGACUUGUUUCUGUUGUACUUGAGUCUUAAGAAAAAGUGCCCAUAGUUUAGCGACAAUUUCCAAAGGCUUUAGUACCACCUGUAUUUUACAAAAUGGGGGACCCAAACUCCCGGAAGAAACAAGCUCUGAACAGACUUCGUGCUCAGCUUAGAAAGAAAAAAGAAUCUCUAGCUGACCAGUUUGACUUCAAGAUGUAUAUUGCCUUUGUAUUCAAGGAGAAGAAGAAAAAAUCAGCACUUUUUGAAGUGUCUGAAGUGAUACCAGUCAUGACGAACAAUUAUGAAGAAAAUAUUCUGAAAGGUGUGCGAGAUUCCAGCUAUUCCUUGGAAAGUUCCAUAGAACUUUUGCAGAAGGAUGUAGUACAGCUCCAUGCUCCCCGCUACCAGUCCAUGCGAAGGGAUGUAAUUGGCUGUACUCAGGAGAUGGAUUUCAUUCUUUGGCCACGGAAUGAUAUUGAGAAGAUUGUCUGUCUCCUGUUUUCUAGGUGGAAAGGAUCUGAUGAGCCCUUCAGGCCUGUUCAGGCCAAGUUUGAAUUUUAUCACGGUGACUACGAAAAACAGUUUCUGCAUGUACUGAGCCGAAAGGACAAGACUGGAAUUGUUGUCAACAAUCCUAACCAGUCAGUGUUUCUCUUCAUUGACAGACAGCACUUGCAGACUCCAAAAAACAAAGCUACAAUCUUCAAGUUAUGCAGCAUCUGCCUGUACCUGCCACAGGAACAGCUCACCCACUGGGCGGUUGGCACCAUUGAGGAUCACCUCCGCCCUUAUAUGCCAGAAUAGAGUACUGGCCAGCAAAAUGGGAAAGAUCACAGAAUGCAGCAGCGAUUUUUUUCUUGUUUUCUUACCAUUUUAUUCUUUCAGAGUUUAGAAGAAAAUGGACUCAUGCACAGAACACUAUACAUUGUGAAACUUCUUCAUCCUGGAUCUUUCUUUUAUCAUUUGUAUCUCGGAACUUAAAAAAAAAAGAUGUCUUCUGCAUGGACCUUGUGAAAGAAGAUGCUUUGCAUAUUUCUGCAUUGCAUCAGCAUCUUACUAAAAUGUGAAAUGAAAGGACUGUUGUACACUGAAAUGCUUAAAUGUAUCUGAAAGCACAAGGUGAAAUUCAUUUGUGAUGGUCUUCCCAUUUGUGCUGGUUAUGCCUCCCCAACAUUUUGUCAUCAGUAUUCAGAGGGUGAGAAGUGAAUGUAACAGGUAUAUACAUUUUUUUUAAAAAGCAGCCUUAGCUUGCUGUAAUCAGUUCUAGACCACUGUCCAAUUCAUUCUAAUGAACAGAAAUGGUUGCUACAAUAGUAGUGGGGAAAGAAAUCUCACAUGAAAAAAGAAUCUCAUUCAUUGUAGGCAUUUUUGCCUCUUAUUUUUGCUGGGUCAUGUUUCAUUUCCUAGCAUUUCAAUGUGUCUUUUUCAGAUCUCUUUCCCCAAGUUGCUGUGUAAAAAGGGUAUUCUGCUGAGUGGAUAAAGUUAUACACAUUAAAGCAGACCUGGAGUCUGAAGUAGCUUAAAGCAGCUGUUAAAACGAAGACAAAAUAUAUUUAUAGCUGCAAAAACCAUACGUGAUAGAAUUUUUGUUUUCUUGAAGAGAUGACACUUUUUUUAAAAAAGCUGGUAAAUUGUGCAGGAAAUACUGGUUUCUAAAAUGUCAUAAAAACCCAGUAAGGUUUUUUUUUUUUAAGUAGAAAUUAUAAAACAGUUGUGAUCUUAAAUUGUAAAAUAGUGUUUUUGGAGUGUCAAAGUUGGUUCUGACAGAACAUAUUUUGUUAAGAUUGUGCAAUGAACCUAAGGAAGACUACUGUAUAGGGUUUUUUUUUCUGUUUUUUUUGUUGUUAUUUUGUUUCUGUUUUUGUUUUUAAUGAAGAAGGCUUUGCUUAAGGGUUAAGUACUUUAUUGGAGUAAAUCUGUAUAAGCCUGCUCCCUUGGGGUAAAAACUAGUGCUUACCUGUUUUAAAUUUAUAUUUAGCUUUUGUUUGGAAUUGGAAAAAAGAGAUCUAAAUAAAAUAGGUGAAAGCUA